UGAAAUGGUCAUUCCAAAAUGAUCAUAUUGUCUUGACUAAUAUUUUAAGGGUGUAUAGUGUUUUGACAAUAGUAUAGACAAUUGUGUUUGUAAAGUGCAGACAAAGACCUAUGUACAUCUUAUAUCAUGGGGUCCAGGGCCCACUAUGGGCCAGUGGACCCCACCUUUAUAAAACACUGAUUGCAUGUCCAACUAUUCUUCAAGAUAAACAUAAGGAAUUCUGUUUUAAUCCUGACAUUCACAUCCUAUAAUUGUUCUAAGGAGAUAUAUGUACAUAAACAUGGGUAUAGUGUAUUACAUGGGCCUAGAAUUACAUAUGGCCUGUAUUGUGAAUCUCAUAGUGCUGAGAAACCAAUAUUGAAUGAGGAGAAAAGAACAAGACAUUUCAUAUAAUUUCAACAUAAAAACAUUGGGCCACUUUGAAAAAAAUCCAAUCUAAUUUUCUUAUUGUCUGGGCCCCUUACAUUGCAUGUGCCUUUUCUUCGCUCUACCGUCUCCAGAGUGACGGCUUCGCAAGGUUACAAAUCGGCAGAUUGGUCAUCAAUGAAGAGAAGCUUGCCUAUCAGGCCGACGCUGAUGAGAUAGUACAGGAGGUGAAGGGGAGAGAAUGAGAGCUGUGGGUCUUUCUUGGCCUACUACUGCUGGGAUUGUGCAGAUCCGCUUUCACAAAUCGAAAAAAACAUACGCUUCAUGCCUCAAUCUGAAAGACCCGCAGUUGGCGUUAUUGUGACCGACCUCCAAAUGGAAGGAGCCAUGACAACAUGAAUCGGUCAUACAGACGGGCUGUAAGGGCCUGCUCAGGCUCAGCAUCAGCCACAGUGUACAGCUCAGGCCAGCCAGAUUUGAGGCCCCCCAAUGGCCUCUCAGUUUCUGGCACUUCCUAUGGAAACCAGUGUAACAGCAGCACCAAGCAUGGUUCAACAGACCAACUGUCGGCGGCCAUGCAACUGUCAACCUCCUCCCUCAAACAGGCACCGAGCUAUGUGUAUAACCAGGCAGAGAGGGAGAGGCCCCACUGCUACAGUCCUCUGCUGAGACUCCAGGACCUCUCCACUAUGGUACACAGACCUGGGUCUGAUCUGGGACCCGGGCCCCAGCCUAAGGAUCUCAACGCCAGGAAGCAUUUACACUCUCACAGCCCAGUGGGAGUCUCUAGUUUAGGGGGACCCCUGGUCCGACUGCCCCCCUCUACUGGUAACGAGGAGACAGAACCCUGCGAGGAUUCCAUGCGGGAUCAGAACGGUUUCUCUCCUGUUAGUUCUGAUAGUUUGGAGCGCUGCUCCCCCAUCCCCAAUGGAUACCUGCAUUUCGAGUCCACCUUGUUUGACAGUGGGGACAGGGAGAAUGAGGACGACGAGGAGGAAGAGUUGGUACCUUUUCAACAACACUCUUCUAAGUCCGCCAGAGACAGAACGGUCAGAGACUCUAACACCACCUCUGGUUCAGGGUUAGGCCAUAACAGCACAUACAAACCCUCUGUUCUCAACCUGAUGUCUAAGAGUCUGUCUGAACUGGACCCUACUCUGAGCCCCAGUGCCCUGCCUGACAUGUCCAUGGGGGAUGGCUGGAGUAUGGACCAGGACUCUGACAGUGACAGUGACAGUGCGAUGACAGGAGACACACUUGACCAUGGUCUCAUCUCACCUGUUGGAACCAACUCUAAUCCCAACAGCCCAAAGAAGAAGCCCCUCCCAGUAGUGCAGUACUUGGAGGGAGAUCUGGUCUGGGCCAAGUUCAACCGCCGCCCCUGGUGGCCCUGUAGAGUCACCAUAGAUCCUCUGGAGAGGAUACACACACGCAUGAAAGUCCCCAGUCGGCGUCCUUGUCGUGUCUACUACGUGGAGACUCUGGGGGAGAUGGCAGACCAUGCCUGGGUACCUGGGAAAGUGACCUACCCCUUCACAGGAGGAGAGCAGUUUACAGACCUGCCUGUGCUGAGACGGAGAGGGAAACAGAGGGAAAAGGACUACAAAUACACAAUACCCAAGCGUCUGUUUGAGUCGUGGAAAGUCGGUGUGCUGGAAGCUGAGUUUCUCCUACCUGACCUGCUGAAGAAUACUGCUGUCUCUUCUUCCAUGCCCUCUAACAGUGAAGAGCGGGUGUCCUCCCCACUGCCUGAUGAAAAACCAUCCGAGGCCCCCUCUUGUUCCUCCUCUAUGCUCACUGCACCCCCCUCCCUCAGCCCUCCCCCCAACAGAAACAAACAUCCCCCUGCUGCCGACCUGACCGUAGCGAACGACAGUAGCAGAAAAAAGAAACCCUGCCAGAAGAAGAAGAGGAAGGGUUUGGCAGAGAUCUUUGGUCAUAUAGGUGGAAAUCCCACAGAGUCACUAAGCAUCCUAGACUCGGCCAACCAAAUGCCUGCUGCCGCAGCUGAUCCACUGAAAGGAGCGGAUCCCAAGGACUCUCCAUACGCAGACCUGGAUUCUGUACCAACCAUCGCGCGUCCCAAUCGGUCUGAGAAACCUGCUAAAGACCCAGAGAAACCGCCUGAACCCUCACAAGAGGAGGCAGAGAAACCGCCUGAACCCUCACAAGAGGAGGCAGAGAAACCGCCUGAACCCUCACAAGAGGAGGCAGAGAAACCGCUUGAACCCUCACAAGAGGAGGCAGAGAAACCGCCUGAACCCUCACAAGAGGAGGCAGAGAAACCGCCUGAACCCUCACAAGAGGAGGCAGAGAAAGGGGGCAAGAAGGAGCGGGCUACUCCUCCUGAAAAGGCCAAACACAGGCAUGUGGUCAUGGUGGUUCCUAGGCAUGUAGUUCCCAUCUCCUCAUCCCCAAAUAUUUUAGUAAACAAAUCCCUUUUCAAAUACAGAACUACAAAAAACACAAAUGUUUUACAGUCAAAACAGAAGUUGGGCAGCUCUUCUGAACUGAAGAAUAUAAAUGCUUUUGAUAAGCCCUCUCUUCAACUCUCUUCCAGCAGACGUCUGAUGACCAGGGCCCUGAAAGCAGAGAAAGAGACAGAUCUCAAACAGGCUCUGCUGGCCUCAAGCCAAAACUUGACAAACGAUAGGCUUAAUGUGCAUUCUUCUGACGAUGAUGAUGAUGUGAGCGAUAUUGUUCAGAUCAGAACAGAGUCGUCUACUAGCAGGGAUUCUUCACCAGACAAAGCCAGAUCCUCUGCUAGUCACAGCUCUCCUAAAAAACAGCCCGAGUCUGAUUGGAAGCACCUCCACAACGGCUCGUGGAAAAACUCAGAAGAUGUGACUCCAGGGUCCAGUAAGCCUGUCAUACCCUCUAUUAAGGUCAAGGAAGAGAACAUUGUCUCAGACAGAUCCUCCUGUUCUUCCCCCACCUCCUCUCUCUCUCCCAUGGACACUUUCAAGGAUGUCAAGGAGCUGUCAUUCAAAUCCCUAGUGAAGGAAGAGAGCGACUCUGGGGACUCUAACACUAACUUUAAACCUGAGCCUAAUUACAAGUUCAGUACUUUCCUGAUGCUCCUGAAGGACAUGCAUGAUACCAGGGAGAAAGAGGGCAAGCCCCUGACCAUGCCUCCCUCGCAAGCCCUCAUCCAGGAGGAACCCAUGGUCAUAGCCACUGUCCAAGCACCAGACGACACCCUGAACACUGCUGCUGGUGGGGACUGGACACCAACGGGGACCAAAAUCCAAAACGGCCAGCAUGCGAGCUCGCCAACACCCAAGAGCACACCGGCCAAACCCAAGUCCAAAACUAAACCCAUCAUGAAAAACGACACGUACAAACUUGAAGGGAAAACGGUGCUGGCUCAGAUGGUGGCGAACGCGGUGGAGAAGCAGCAGCGGAGGAAGCCGAGGCCACCAGCCAAGCUCAGGGCCACCAUCGCUGGUCUCUCUACCGAGUUGGCCGACCUAGCCUGGGGGAGGGAAUUUGUCUCUGGGCACGCUGACCUGGCUGAGCCUGGCCUCAGCCCCCCUCCUGUUCCUUCUGUCCCCUCCGCUGCUGACUCCUCAUCCUACCUCGACAAGAGCCCGGGUACCAAAGUGGCCCCUAAGAAACGCUGGCAGACGUUUGCUCAGCAGGGGCCGGUGAAGCCUGGGAAGGAUCCAGGGGACCUGGGUGGGGUGGCCUCACAGCAGGGGCUUGCGGAAGUGAAUGGGGUCUACAGAGACUGCCAGGGAGGGACACCAGACCCCAUCAGCUCCCCUGAUCUAAACCUGGGGAUGGAGAAGCAAGAUGACACAUCAGCACAUUCUGAAAACAAACGGCUGAGGAAACCCAGCAAAAGACUGCUGGAAUCCACAGAGGAGGAGCAAUUCUUCUCCCCGAAGAAAAAAAUAAAGAAACCUCUGGAAUCUUCCAAAACCUCUCCGAGCCAUUCUUCAGCCCCAGCCCUGCUAAUGUACACCUCUACACCCAACCCCACCCCUCUCCCUGCCUCUGGGGAGCCAGCCAGCCCCACCCCUGGCCCUGUCUCUGGGGAGCCAGCCAGCCCCACCCCUGGCCCUGUCUCUGGGGAGCCAGCCAGCCCCACCCCUGGCCCUACCUCUGGGGAGCCAGCCAGCCCCACCCCUGACCCUACCUCUGGGGAACCAGCCAGCCCCACCCCUGACCCUACCUCUGGGGAACGCCAGCCCCACCCUGACCCUACCUCUGAGGAGCCAGCCAAAACCCAGGCCCAAGCAGGGCUGAAACAGAGUCUGUCUCAAGAUGUCCUCCACCGUGUUAUAGAAUCAUUAUCCAAACAACCCCCAGCAGUGACCUCUUUCUCUACUGACUCAUCAUCUGAUGGGGCAAACCCUCCUCUGCCCUCUGACCCAGUAUCCCUGGAGAGGAAGAGGCCAAGGAAGCCAUCUCAAAAGGUCCUGGAAUGCACCAUAGAGGAAGUGUCAGUCAGUCCUCCAAAGAAGAAGGAGUUUAAGAACCAGAGUGUACAGACAGACGUGAAAACAGAAGUCAGGGACACUCAGGUUAAGUCUGUGAAGAAAGAAGGGCCUGUAUCCAGCGUGACAACUCCAGAGAGCAUGGUUUCUCUGCAGGCAUCCUCCCCUGCCUGGCCCCCUAGCCCUACUGUGCUCCUCACCCCCAAGGAAGAGACCGAGAAGAUCAGUCCUGGGGUGGGAGGAGAGAGCCACACCAACGGAGAGAGAACACCCAAACCUGAGGUGUUCUCUCCUGGUCUGAAUGACAGUUUUUCCCUACCUGGUGAAGGGUCCCUGGUCUCCAGCACUAAGAAGAACACAGCAGAGAAAGGAGGAGCUGCAUCCACGAAGGAGAAUGUCUGUCAGGUGUGUGAGAGGACAGGUGAGCUGCUGCUGUGUGAGGGCCAGUGCUGUGGGGCGUUCCACCUGCAGUGUAUCGGCCUAUCAGAAGCUCCGAGAGGGAAGUUCAUCUGUUGUGAAUGCACUAAAGGUGUCCACACGUGCUUUGUGUGUAAGAAGUCUGGCGACGGUGUGAAGCGGUGCAUGGUGCCUGUAUGUGGGAAGUUCUACCACAACGAGUGUAUCCUGAAACACACACCCACCCAGCCCCAGAGGAACGGGGUUCGCUGCUCCCUCCACGUCUGUCUGUCCUGCCACAUCACCAACCCCCUCAACUCCUGCACUUCUAAAAGUCGUCUGACCCGCUGCGUGCGCUGCCCUGUGGCGUACCACGCAAACGACUACUGCAUGGCGGCAGGCAGCAUUGUCCUGGCCAACAACAGCUUCCUGUGUCCAAACCACUUCACCCCCCGCAAGAACUACAAGAACCACGAACACAUCAACGUCAGCUGGUGCUUCGUCUGCUCAGAAGGGGGCAGUCUGCUGUGCUGCGAGGCCUGUCCUGCUGCCUUCCAUCAAGAGUGUCUGAACAUCGAGAUGCCCGAGGGGAGCUGGUUCUGCAACGACUGCAAGGCUGGGAAGAAACCACACUUCAAGGACAUCCUCUGGGUUAAAGUGGGAAGAUUCAGGUGGUGGCCUGCGGAGGUGUGUCUUCCUAAGAACAUCCCAGAGAAGAUCCUCCGUAUGAAACACGAGGUGGGGGAGUUCCCCGUUCAGUUCUUUGGUUCUAAGGACUAUGCCUGGACCUACCAGGCCCGAGUCUUCCCUUACAUGGAGGGAGAUGCCAACAACAAGGAAAAGAUGGGGAAGGGUUGUGACGCCAUCUACAAAAAAGCUCUGAAUGAAACAGCUGAGCGGUUUAUAGCGCUUCAGGCUGAGAAGGAGAUGAGACAGCUUCAGGAGGACAGGAGGAACGACAAGAAACCUCCUCCCUACAGACACAUCAAGGUGAACCGACCAAUUGGCAAGGUCCAGAUCAUCACGGCGGACCUAUCGGAGGUGCCUCGCUGUAACUGCAAGGCGUCUGAUGAGAACCCGUGUGGCAUGGACUCCGAGUGUAUCAACCGCAUGUUGAUGUAUGAGUGCCACCCUCAGGUGUGUUUGGCAGGGGAGAGGUGUCUGAACCAGAGUUACACCAAGAGACAGUACACCCAGGUGGAGAUCUUCAGAACCUUGUCACGAGGCUGGGGGCUACGGGGAGUCUCCGACAUCAAGAAGGGUGCAUUUGUGAAUGAGUACGUGGGGGAGGUGAUAGACGAGGAGGAGUGCAGAGCCAGGAUCAAACAUGCUCAAGAGAACGACAUCUGUAACUUCUACAUGCUCACUCUGGACAAGGACCGGAUCAUAGACGCUGGACCCAAGGGGAACCAGGCGAGGUUCAUGAAUCACUGCUGCCAGCCCAACUGUGAGACCCAGAAGUGGACAGUAAACGGAGACACCAGGGUGGGGCUCUUUGCCCUGGAGGACAUCCCCGAAGGUGUGGAGCUGACCUUCAACUACAACCUGGAGUGUCUUGGUAACGGGAAGACGGUGUGUAAAUGUGGAGCGCCCAACUGCUCUGGGUUCCUGGGGGUCCGACCGAAGAACCAGCCGUCUAAAGCACGGGAAGGAAGGGAACUAAAGGAGGGCAAGAAGAAGGUUCUGGUGAAGAGGAAGCCUCAGCAGCAGGUGACGAAGGAGAGGGAGGACGGUUGUUUCAGCUGUGGGGACGGAGGACAGAUCGUGUCCUGUAAGAAGACAGGAUGUCCCAAGGUCUACCACGCAGACUGCCUCAACCUGGCCAAGAGACCUGCAGGCCGUUGGGAGUGUCCCUGGCACCAGUGUGACGUCUGCGGUCAUGAGGCAGCCUCCUUCUGUGAGAUGUGUCCCAGCUCCUUCUGCACGCAGCACCGUGAGGGCUUGCUCUUCAUCUCUAAGAUAGACGGGCGGCUCGCCUGCAACGAUCACGACCCCUGUGGACCCGAGCCCCUGGAACCAGGGGAGAUCAGGGAGUACGUACCUCCUGGGGGCAUGCCUCUCCCCCACCUCCACCCACCCCCAGGGUCAGGUCCCACCCAGGCCUGGUUCCACAGCUGCUGGUUCUAUCCCCUCCACAGUUUCCCCAGACCUGACCCAGGACUCGCUACUGCCCCCUACAGGUAGCUUGUU